CCUCCAAGCCCUAAUGCCCCCAUCACCAAGUAAACUUCAUUUCCUAUUCCUACACCCCCUUUCUCUCUCUACAUUCUCUCUCAACCCUCUGCCUCAUCCUCCUCCUCCUCCUUCUGGCUCCUCUGUUUUCACCUGUUUUUCCUAGAAUUACUCAUUCUAAUUUCAUUUUUCAGAUCCUUUUGUUGAUUGUUAUCUUAUUUUACUUAUCCUUACUGUCUGGGUUGAGCUUGGAUCAGUUUUGGGACAGUGUCACGUUCAGAUUUUAGAAAAUGGGGAGUAAUUUGAACUUCAAAAACUUCGGAGGCAGCCAGCAGGGCGAUGGCAGCGGUAGGCCUCCGGGAAACAUGCCCUUGGUGAGACAAGGGUCGAUCUACUCGCUGACCUUUGACGAGUUCCAGAGCACCAUGGGAGGCAUAGGAAAGGACUUUGGGUCGAUGAACAUGGAUGAAUUGUUGAAGAACAUUUGGAGUGCUGAAGAGGCCCAAACUAUGGCUGCGGUAGCAGCAGCAACGGCGCCACCGAUUAGUGUGCAAGAAGGGGUUGUGGCUGGUGGAUAUUUGCAGAGACAGGGAUCUUUAACGUUACCGCGGACAUUGAGUCAGAAGACGGUAGACGAAGUCUGGAAGGAUAUGUCAAAAGAGUACGGUGGUGGAGCUAAGGAUGGAAGUGGAGCUGGAGGAUCGAAUUUGCCUCAAAGGCAGCCGACUUUGGGAGAGAUGACUCUUGAGGAGUUUCUGGUGAGGGCAGGUGUAGUGAGGGAGGAUACUCAAUUGGCAGGAAAGCCUAAUAAUGGAGGGUUUUUUGGUGAUUUAGCGAAUUUGGGUAACGGCAAUGGUUUAGGUAUUGCAUUUCAACAAAUGGGUCAAAACACAGGAUUGAUGGGAAACCCUCGGAUUACUGAAAGUAAUAAUCAAAUUUCCACGCAAUCACCUAUUUUGCCACUGAACGUUAAUGGGGUCAGAUCUACCCAGCAGCAGCCACAACAGCUGCAACAACUGCAACAGCUGCAACAACGGUCAUCACAGCAGCAACUCUUUCCAAAGCAGGCUCCGGUAACCUAUACCACUCCGGUUUCUGUACAAAGUAAUAGCCAGCUGUGUAACCCAGGAAUUAGAAAUGGGAUGGUUGGAAUUUCGGAUUCCGGGAUAAAUGGUAAUCUGGUUCAGAGUAGUGUGCUUCAUGGUGGCGGGAUGGGAAUGGUUGGUUUGGGAGCUGGGGGUGCUACCAUUGCAAGUGGAUCUCCUGCCAAUCAGUCAUCAGAUGGGAUUGGGAAGAGUAAUGGGGAUACAUCUUCCGUUUCACCUGUUCCCUAUGCAUUUAAUGGAGGUAUAAGAGGAAGGAAAUGCAGUGGGGCUGUAGAGAAGGUUAUUGAAAGGAGACAGAGGAGAAUGAUAAAGAAUAGGGAAUCAGCUGCUAGAUCACGGGCUCGUAAACAGGCUUAUACUAUGGAAUUGGAAGCAGAGGUUGCAAAAUUGAAAGAGAAGAAUGAGGAAUUGGAGAAGAAACAGGCUGAAAUGAUGGAAAUGCAGAAAAAUCAGAAUGGUUAGGAGCCGGCUCUCUCUCACACUGACACUCACAAACUCUUACUUGGUUAUGGAGAUGAUGAAUCUGCAACGAGAAGUAAAGAAACGUUGCUUGAGACGCACACUGACUGGCCCCUGGUGAAGUAAAAUGUCAUGGUUGCAGCCCGACUAUAUUUGUUAGGUGACUGUACAUAUUUAAGGGAAUUGUUUGCUGUGCUGCUGUACAUUAGGAAGAGAGUUUUAGUAUUGUUGUAGAUUGAACUUUGCCAUUUCUGUAGUCUUUUUUGUUUUGCUUCUGUCAUGAACAUCGUGCUUAGAGAGGGGGCAAGGGAAAGAAAAUAUGAUGUUCAUUACAUAUCUUUUGAUAUACAUUAUAGAAUAUUUAUCGUUCCCUAUCAUCAUCAGUUCAAAAA